AUGCCCCAGGCGGUCAUCUCUUAUUUUGUUGCUGCUCAUACCGGCGAAAUUCCCUAUGUCUUCGGUAUCUGGCACUUCGAUUUUCCUACCAAAAAUCUAACUUGCACUCGCACACUAGAGGAGUGGAAUCUCAGCAAGCAAAUGACUAUUUUGUGGAUAGCAAUGGCAGAAAAUGCCAACCUGUCGAUUGAUGCUAUCCAUUGGCCGCAGCUUCAAGCCACGUCAACGGGGAUUGAGACUCCUGAGAUGAUUUUCGGGAGCUCAAAUACGCCUGGUCACUGA